AUGUCCUCACAACAACCCGCUCCCGACCCGGAGCGGGAAUAUAACCUGAUAUCAAACCUCGAGUUGCGCAUCGCCUCAGCCUCGACCGAUGCAAAACUGGAGACGAUCUUGCAGAAGUUCCUGCCGGCUUUACUGUUGAAGCUGGGGUCUCCCACGCCCAAGAAUCGCAACCUCGCCAUCAAAGUGUGCCAGUACGUCAAUCAGCGAUUGAAGAUCACUGCGGAUAUCAAACUGCCUGUUCGGGCGCUGGUUAAGACGUUCCGAGAAGGAGAAAACGCAUUCGUCCGGAGGUUCUGUCUAGUCUUCAUCGAGCAAGGUCUGCCGAGAUUGGACGUCGGCGAAGCAAUUGUCACACUGCCUGGUGUGCUCCAGUUCGCGGUGCCCAAGAAUGAAAGCUACGAAGGCAGCGACCGCAAGAUGUGGGCGAUCGCCUUUGACUUCCUCCUCGAGGUGCUGAGCAAGUGGAGGAAUCUUCCUGAACGUGGUAGCAAGGAAGAUCUGGCACUCAAAGAGACAUUUGCUCUCUCCCAAACACAAAGUGAUCUUUUGGUCGCUCGGUUUUGCGAUUUCCUGCUCUACGACCCCAAGGACCCCAGCACAGCCAACAGUCUAGGGCAAGACGAAGAAGACUUCAAACCUGUACUUGAUAAGAACUUUAGACGCCGGUCCGAGGUUGUCCAUCCUAUCGCGCGGUUUCUGUUCACCUCGAUAUUCACCGACCAGCAGCGUUUCAUCCCAGCGGUUAUUAUGGCGGUCGACCCCAACACCUCUGCAGCGAGCAUGAGCGAUAUCAUGUUCAAACAGUGCAAUUUCGACCUCGAGGCCGAUACCACCGUAGACGCCCUUUUUGCACUUUACCGACGCGCCGGAACGAAGCCGAAGCUGCAGACGCGGAUCCUGUCCAUCCUGUCACGCAGCCAGAGGUCUACCACGCGCACGCAAGAGGUCAUGGAUAUGGUCGAGACGCAGCUGCUAAACGCGGCCCGGUCGGGCGGUUUAGAGGCGGCUAAACUCCGAGCAGCGCUCUUCUCAUACCUGACCUGGACUGUCCGUGUGGGUCAGAGUCAGCAUCUGGGACAGAUCAGCACCCGGCUUCAGGAUCUGUUGAAAGAAUAUAUUGAGAUGCAGGGCUGGCCGACAAUGAACGAGGACAAUCGGUCGGCCGCUGCGGAGGUGGAGUUACGCGCCAAAGCCUACGAGAGCAUUGGACUGUUGGCCGCAAUCAAGGACACGGCGAAGACCUCGGAGACGAACGUACGGCUUCUGGAUCUCGUAACGUGGCUCUUCACCAGUUUACGCUGUGACACGACUCGAGACAUCAAAGGCAGCGUCGAAGAGGCCAUUGGGCGAGUGAUGAACACGGUCACAGCCACCGAUCUCGAUGAAACAUCCACCGCGCGAUUGAGGGACCUUUUACUAUGGAACGUGCUUGCCACGCCUGGCCAGGAAGAUCCGAUCUAUUUCCUGACCACGGUAAACGUGACGAAGUAUCCCGCAAUCCGAUUCGCCAACAAAUGUCUCCCCUUCCACAACGUCGAUGCACGAUUCAUCGAUGUGUUGGCUCUAGGCUCGUCAGACCGCAGAGAGGUGGCAGAGGAAGGUGUCCGAGGUCUUGACCCUUACUGGCAUACGUCCAAUGUGCGCAUGGCAGGUCCUUCGUCUGAGGAAGUGGGCAAAUUGGCUUUACCUGAGCUUUCCGCUCUGGUGCAUCGCUUUUUCAACUCAGACCCCGAUCAACUGAAAUACUACGACAACCUUGCGGUAUUAGCGGCUGCAGUGACUUUUUGUCGCAACGUCUUCAUCUGUGACGCCUUGAAGGACACCAAGCUGGUGCCAGAAGCAUCGGCAGAUUGGAAGCAGACAAUUGAUGCCCUGGUCAGCAAUGAUCUCGACGUCCGACAGAAGAUCCGCACUCACUUGCGUGACCUUCCAGUGGAUGUUGCAUUACCUCUGAUCAAUGCAGCUUUGCUUGGAAUGUCCAGAGGUUCCGGUGAAUGUGCAGACCUGUCCGUCGAAUUCAUGUCGCUUGCACCAAACAGCCUGAUUCCAUGUGUUCAGAAGUCGGCUCUCGACGCAGCCUCGCAGAUCGUGGCAAAGUCGACGCUACAAACCCGGGGUGCUCGCGUGUUUGGUAUCGUUUCGUCAUUUGCCGACGACGCCGAGGCUAUUGCGUGCGCGGAGUUGAGUGACAGCAAAGACUGGAACUCGGCUGUGGGAGACCAACUACUCAAGGCACAGGGUCAUAUGUUACGUGCAUGUUUCUGCCUUACGAGGAGAUCGCUCAGGGGCCGUCUGGACUUUUCUCACAACAUCCUGCAAGAGCUAACACCACUUAUCUUCGAUAUCAUCAAAACAUCCACCGACAAGUCUCUCAAGGAGACCGCAUAUCGGUGUCUGCGGCAGCUCGCUCUAUGCAUGCCACCUGACAAGGGACCACAUCCGGACCAGGACCUACUGAAAAUUCUCAUUUCUGAUGGGAAGAAAGAAAAUGAGCCAGCGGUAUCUGCCGCUGGACCUUUGCUUCCAACCCUGCAUGCGAAAGAAACCGACUCCGAAUUUGAGUCAUUCUUCAAGCGUCUCCUAGGGCUCUCUGAAGUCCGACGGGCAGAGUUCCACUUUGCACUGGGAGAAGCCCUGGCUGUAGCCUGUGCUGGACUCGGUUCAUCAUCGACAAUGACUGAUUUUGACGUCGACGCCGAGCUGCCGACCUGGGGUGACAACGACAUACUGGCCGAAAUAAUCAUUGAACGAGUCCUUGAGGAAUGUAAGACGACGAAACCCUCGCAGAAGAAGGCGGCCGCCAUCUGGCUCUUAUGUAUUGUCCAAUACUGCGGCAACCUCUCAGCCAUCAAAGCGAGGCUGCGGGAUUGUCAAGCUGCUUUUGCCAGGCUCCUCAACGAUCGCGAUGAGAUUGUGCAAGAAACUGGCUCGCGAGGGCUUAGUGUCGUGUAUGAGCAUGGAGAUAAACAGCUUCGAGACGAUCUGGUACGAGAUCUGGUCCAAACAUUUACGGGGACCACGGCGAGAUUCUCUGGUUCUGUGGAUGAGGAUACUCAGCUGUUCGAACCGGGUGCCCUGCCCACCGAGAAGGGAGAAUCGGUGACGACAUACAAAGACAUUGUCCGUCUUGCCACGGAAAUGGGCGAUCCCAGUCUGGUGUACAGGUUCAUGAACCUGGCUUCGAACAAUGCUAUUUGGAGCAGCCGAGCCGCAUUUGGUCGAUUCGGGCUGGGUCAAGUCCUGGCUGACUCGACGUAUCUGACGGAAAACAAGAGGUUUUAUCCCAAGCUAUUCCGGUACCGGUUUGACCCCAACCCGAAUGUUCAACGGUCGAUGGAGGAGAUCUGGAAAGCUCUAGUGAAGGACCCCAACAAGGUGAUCAACGAGAACUUCGAUCUCAUCAUGGAAGAUCUGCUCAAAAGUGUGGUCUCUGGGAAAGAAUGGCGCGCUCGGGAAGCCAGCUGUGCUGCAAUCUCCGACCUUGUGCAGGGCCGCGACGUCGAGAUGUUCGAAAAGUACCUUGACGAGAUCUGGACCGUGGCUUUCAAGGUCCUAGAUGAUGUCAAGGAAACUGUGCGCGUGGCCGCCAUGAAGCUAUGCAGAACACUCACAAGCAUGCUGAUUCGCAAUCUGGAGGUGGGUGAGGGCAGUUCCAAACGAUCCGCAACCAUGCUCAACCAUGCUAUGCCAUUUCUGCUGCAGCAGAUGGAAAACGGAGCAGCGAAGGAUGUCCAGCAGUACGCCGUGGUGACACUCUUGGAGGUGGUCAAAAAGUGUCCGCCGAAAGCUCUACGCCCCUUUGCUCCAAAGGUGUUGGAGACACUGGUGAUUUCUCUCAGCUCACUUGAACACGAAAGUAUCAACUAUCUGCACCUGAACGCCGACAAAUACGGCUUGACCGCUGAGAAGCUUGACAAGAUGAGAGUUUCGAGUAUCAACGCCUCGCCCGUUACCGAGGCAAUUGAGCGUUGUUUAGACAGCAUCACCAUGCCGAUCACCCCGGACAAUGACACUACGGACGCUAUGCAGGGGGUGGUGUCGACUCCCGGAACACCAAGUGUUGCACCGAUGGAAGAUGGCAUGCAACGGCUUGUGAAUGCAUACCGGGCAUCGAUCGGACUUCCGUCCAAGGUUGGACUCAGCAGAGUGAUGACCACGCUGGUGGUUCGCCAUCCAACCGCAUUCCGACCAUACGCUGACAGGUUCAUCCAAGUGACGAGAAAGCAUCUCCUCGAUCGCAAUGCCACCAUUAGCAUUGCUUUCAGUACUUCUUUGGGGUACCUGAUGAGGCUGGCCUCCGACAAAGAAGUCCACGCAACAAGCAAGUACGCUCAGAAAUUGUAUUUCGAAUCGCAGGAACUGGCCCAUCGCGCCGUUGCUGGUGAAAUCAUCCAAGCGAUUUCCAAGGCGGCCAACGACGUGUUCAUGAAUUUUGCUUCAGCCUUUCUACCUUUUGCAUUCAUCGGACGUCGCGACACAGACAAAGAAGUGAGGGAGCGGUUUGAUGUGCCAUGGAAAGAGAAUAUUGGCGGCUCCCGUGCGAUCAACCUUUACUUACCGGAGAUAGUCGACUUGAUAUCUACCCAUAUCAAGUCACCGUUGUGGCCCAUCAAACAUGCUUGCUCUCUGGCAGUCGCCGAGUUGAUGUCAUCGAUGGAAGUCCAGGAGACCUACAGUGACAGGGAUAGUUCCCUUCUUUGGCCCCUGGUGCAAGAAGCCCUGGACGGUAAGACCUGGGAUGGUAAGGAAGAAAUCAUCAAAGUGUAUCCCAAAUUCAUCAAGCAAGCUCGGCCACUCUGGUCCGACGCAAAGACGACCCAACAGAUGAAGAAGAUUGCCCUGCGGGAGGCGAAGAGGACAAAUGCCACAUAUCGACCUCCUGCGAUUGAAGCACUCGCGGAGUUCGCGGUCGUCCGGGAAGAUCUGGACCUCACCCAGGAGGUGGUACCUUAUCUGGCGGACCUGAUGGACGAGCUGACAGACGAGGAUGCCAUGGAGGUUGAUGAUGCUAACGGCAAGUCCGUUGAGAAUCGUAAUAGCGCGGUGGAACGGACGGCGACGGCGGCUGUGUCAUGCCUGUUCAAAGUUUUGGCAACCCAUGCAAACGUCAAUGUUCUGGAUCAAGCUACCCGAAUUGUACAAAAGGCGCAUUCGCUUUAUUCCAGCACAAUCGACGCUGCACUAUACGACAGUGCAAAGGUUUUCGUCCAGGCAGCGCGCAAAGAGAACGAAAAGGGGAGUGUUGGUGGUGAGAAGGAAGGCUGCGACAAGACCGAAAAUAACUCAGCCCCGGAUGACGCACAACUUGAGGGCCUUAGGUCAGCGGCUGUAGCAAAAGAGGUUUCGGGGAGACGCGCGGGAGGAGACGAUGGAGGAACGGGCGGCGGCGGGUUUGCGCCAUUUGAGCCACUUCUUAUGGCGGUGCUCACCGCCGGGGCCGACUUUUCUCGCCAAGCGACGGAAACCGAGGGCAGGCGCAGAUCACGUGUGGAUCUUGCUCGGACGCUGGCUGAGGGUGGCGUCGUGGAUCCCGCAGCGCUCAGGGCGAUCUUGGACCGCUGGUUGCAGGUCGAACGGUCGAGGCCUCUGCGUGAGGACAUCGAGAGAGCCCGACAGGCCCUCGUUUGA